CAUAACUGUUGUAUUCCCUUAAAAAAAAAAUUCCUCCCUUUUUACUCUUUCUCUGCUAUUUUCUUGAUUCAGAUUCAUAAAUCACAAAUUUGGAUCUCGCACCAGCUUCUUUGUCUCAGGUUUGUUCACAUUCAUUCAGAAACAUUUCCGAUUUCAUCGAUCUCAUUUCAAUCAGAAUCAGUAUCAAGACGUGCUCAUUGUUGUUAGACGACUCGUUAUUUUGUUGCGUGUGUGUGUGUGUGUUUAAUUAAGUAAUAGUAAGAGACAAAGACGUGCUCAUAUGUUGUUAAUGCCCCCAUGUGUCGUGGUUAGCGGCAAUAUAAAACUUGUCUGCAACUUGAUUUAAUUAUUUUUUUAAAAUAGUGUGUGUGUGAUCUCAAUCUCAUGAAUGAAUGAAUGAAAUGUUUGUUUUUCUAAGAGGAAACAUCGGUUGCUGUCACCAGUUAAGACAAGUCUAAUAAUGUUCAUAAGGUGUUUGACAAUUUAGUCGGUGAUGCAUGUUCUCUUGCUUGCUUGCUUCUUAAGAUUUUACUCCUGCCCAUCUCUGCCUUCAAGCUAUCUUAUUCAUCAUUAUUUUUAUUUUUAUUUUUGUUAUUGACUUUAAAGACAAUAAAGUUUCUUGCUUUCUUCUGCAGAAUGUGACUGAAUCAGGCCUUUGUUGUAUUGAGUGAGAUUCUUGUGAGGUUCAACGUCAUUGUUAGCCUCUCCAGAGAUUUUUUUUUUUUUUUUUUUUUUCCAGGUGGUUAAUUGUGCAUUAGAGCGAGCGAUGAAAAGGUUCGAGAGGCCUAGGACUUCGACUAACUCGCAGGCUAGAGCCACUGCCAAUUCAACAAAGAAAGAUCAGAAACCGCGUACUAGUAGUAGUAAAGGGAAUGGCUUGAAACCGUUGAAUGCGGCUCAGCUAGUUUCCAGAGUUUUGGAUGCGACGACAGCUUCUGAGCCUUCUUCAAUCGUUGUAACUGAUUCAACUACUGGAUCAGAGUCUUCUGAUGUCUAUGACAAUGUCAAUGUGCAUUACAUGGAUGAUGCUCAAGAGAAAUCAAGGAUUUAUGGGAAUCUGGUGUAUUGUGAAGAAGGAGGUAAUGGUGAUGAAUCAGACACUGAAACAAACAAUGAGUCUGUGUCUUCCUCUCAAGGUGAUCUGUUUUCCCCUGAAGAGAAGAAAUCAGAUAGGCCAUCAACGGUUCCUAAGAGCAAAAGCUCCCAGGACAGACCCUUAACAUCAAAGGGACGAAACAAUGUUGAUUCGGUUAGAUCUCGAUCCCAUACCUUUCACGGCACUGCUAGAAAGACAGUAAGAUCCAGCAAAAGCCAGGCAAGAGCUUUUUCUGAUUUCUCCUCUUACGGAAGUUCUGAAAAUCACAAGGCUUUUUCCUCUGCUUCAGCAGUUGAUUCCGUGCUUUUCGAGGAGGCAAAAGAAGAUGACGAGUUUGAAGAUGCUUUGAAUAGCGUUACUAACACUGAAAGUGACAAUGAAACAAUUGUGUACAAGGAAAACAAAACGAGUGAAGUGGAGAAAGUAUUUACUCAAAAGAUUGGAAACCUGGAAACUCGAAUUGUGGUACUUGAAGAAGAGCUGAGAGAAGUGGCUGCUCUUGAGAUGUCAAUAUACUCUGUUUUUCCAGAACAUGAGAGCUCAUCACACAAGCUGCACUUACCUGCAAUAGACCUUUCUAGACUCUACGCACUUGCUAGAAAAAAUAAGAGUGAGAACAAGUUAAUCUCUGUAACCAAAAACAUUGUGUCUGGUCUGUCAUUGGUGCUGAAAUCAUGUGGGAGCGAUGUACCAAGGUUAACUUAUUGGUUGUCCAACACUGUCAUGUUGCGAGAGAUCAUUUCACAGGAAUUUGGUGGCACAAAUCAAAAUGGUUCAAAUUAUCUUGAAGAAGAUUUGACAGAUGUAAGAACUCUGAUAGCGGCAUUAAGAAGAGUUGAAUCAUGUUUAUUCACCCAAGCAGUUGAAUCAAUAUGGUCACAGGUAAUGAUGGUUCACAUGAGACCUCAAGGAGUAGCCUCGACGAUGGGUGAAAUGAUGGGGAAUUUUUCAGAACCAGCAACAUGUGACAGGUUACAAGAGAGCUUUUCUGUCAACCUUUGGAAAAAAGCUUUUGAGGAGGCUCUUCACAGGCUCUGUCCUGUUAAAGCAGCAAAGCGUAAAUGUGGUUGCUUGCAUGUAUUGACCAGAAUGGUUAUGGAGCAAUGCAUUGUAAGGCUUGAUGUGGCUAUGUUUAAUGCUAUUCUCCGGGAGUGGGCUCAUCAGAUAUCGUCUGAUGCUGUCUCGGAUCCCAUUGCUGACCCAAGUGUUCUCCCAAUUCCAGCAGGGGUUUUGAGCUUUGAAUCUGGCGUAAAACUGAAAAACACGGUUGGCUACUGGUCGAGAUUGCUUACGGAGAUAUUUGAGAUAGAUGUUGAUCAUUCUCCGGAAAAGGAGCAACAAAUGCAAAAAGGGGAUGAGACAUUUAAAUCUUUCUACUUGCUCAAUGAACUGAGCGAUCUUCUUAUGCUACCAAAAGAAAUGCUUGUUGAAAGUUCUACCAGAGAUGAGGUCUGCCCAUCUAUUGGCCUGAGUUUAAUAAAAAGGAUACUAUGCAAUUUCACCCCCGAUGAAUUCUGUCCAUACCCUGUUCCAGGAGCUGUUCUUGAGGAAAUCAACACUCAGUGCAUACUAGAGAGUAGAAACUCAUCUGGAGAUGCAACUAGAAGCUUUCCUAGGCAAGUCCAUCCGGUUUCAUAUUGUCUUCCUUCUUGUAGCCACUUGACAGACAUUGUUGCAGAGUUCGAUGACAAGCAUAAGCUUUUUAUGGCUCUAAACAAAGAAAACAACAGCAACGGAGAGGUAGAAACAUCAAGAUCUCCUCCACACUGCAACAUCAUCAAAGGGGCAGAAGAAAAGGAUUCCCUCAGUUUUUGUCAGAAAAACGAAAGAUACAGACUCCUUGGAGAAGCCUAAACCUUGCUUGUUUGACUAAAAAGCGCCUGCAGAUAUUCCAGUACAACUCAAAACCCGAUUCUUAUUAUCCUUGAACAUCAAAUGACCAAUGUACAUUAAUACAUACUCUAAUGUUCCACAAACAAAACAUACUAUCUUGCGCUUGGACCAUUUCAGUAAAAAACUUGGUUUUUAAGUAA